CUUUCGGGUCGGCCUCAUUUCUUCCAUUUUCCUGGCGUUCUUUUUCUAUUUCCUUCUCUGGGUCUAAAUCUGCUACUCCGGUUCUGGGUUUCCUUCUUAGCUACGUGAUACCCCUCCAUCGAUCUGCGAUCCGGUUGCCUUCCUGCACGAACCAACUCGACCACACCUAACUUGAACCAUGCACGCCUCACUCUUGUUCCUGUCGACGCUUGGUGUCUCCGUCUGGGCUGCUCCUACCUACCCCAGGAUCGACGCAGACGCCUCCGUCCCAGACAGCAUUCGUACCGUCUCCGAGUACUUCAACCUGUUGGCUACCAAGGUCCGAGAGAGCCGGUUACAGGACGCCGUACCCGUUUGCGACCUUUCUCAUCUUUCCCUCCCAGCCGGUACGGUCAUCCUCAACCGCACUCACCGUAACCAUCGUACUGACAAGCCCCCAGCCGCAUCCGGCCUCCCACCACCGUCCGAAGGCGUGACCCUCAAGCACAUCGCCAUUGGCCGCGGCACCCAAAACUAUACCUGCAACACCAACAACCCCAGCGAAGCUCCCAAAGCCGUCGGCGCGGUCGCAACUCUCUACAACGCCUCCUGCAUUGUAGCCACCAACGCGGACCUCGCCACCACGCUCGCCCGCGCUUCGCUGCAUUUCCAGCUCUCGCAGAGUGAGGCCACCCAAAAGCUAGCCCCAUCCAAUCUCGCCAUCAGCGGCCGCCACUUCUUCACGGGCGACGGCACCCCGUUCUUCAACCUAGAUGUGUCCGCGGCGUGGAAACUAGGCGAGAUUCCGUGCGGCAAGAACGGCAGCAUGCCCGCGCCGGCAGACGCUCCGAAAGGCCUGGCUGGCGAGACAGCCGUGCCGUGGCUCAAGUUGAACGCCAAGCAGGGUGCCACAGGGGGGCUGCAGGAGGUGUACCGCGUCCAGACGGUGGGCGGGAGCGCACCCACGACAUGUGACGGGAUGCCGGCGAGUUUUGAGGUGCAGUAUGCUACAGAGUGAGUACUACCCAACGCCCAGCCUCGACAUGCCAACACAGCAAGAGGCACAUGGAUGCUAACCUGCCGAUAGAU